GUUUACUACUCUUUUUUUUACGUGUUCUAAGGCCUCAAUUUUGCUCCAAUUUCCUUAUAAAGGACAGCACGAAUUAUAUUGUUUAGAAGAUCUUUAUGUCGUGAAAUCAAAUAUUUUUCCAUCGUGCGAAUUUUUUUCCCAGUAAAACGUGGAAUCUUGCCAAAAGUGACGAUUCCCCUUGUUUUGAUUGCAUUUUUGCGCUUCGAGCGAAUCAGCUGUUUCGAGAACUUUGAUGUCAGACAGAUAAUAAUGUUAUAAGUAUCCUUAUAAAAUUUGAGAUUUGUCCAGCCAAUUCUGCGAAGAUGAGCUUACCCGAGAAAGGAGACGACAAUCUGCUCAAGGACGAGUGGGUGGUGAAGCUGGAAGAGACUGCUUACAUGCAAAAGCUGUCAAUGAAUAAUCUAAUCAUGAAUUAUCUAGUGACAGAGGGAUUCAAGGAAGCUGCGGAGAAGUUCCAACAGGAAUCAGGAGUGGGUCCAACGGUAGAACUGAGCUCUUUGGACGAGAGGAUUCGUAUUCGAGAUGCCAUACAAAAUGGUCGGAUCCAAGAAGCGACGGAUUUGGUGAACCAGCUGCAUCCAGAAUUGUUGGACAACGAUAGAUAUCUCUACUUUCAUCUGCAACAGUUGCAUCUGAUUGAACUGAUACGCACCGGUAGAGUCGAGGAAGCAUUGCAGUUUGCGCAGGACCAACUUAGCGAAGCUGGAGAGUCUGAUGAUAAUAUAUUGUGCGAGCUAGAACGUACCUGCUUGUUGGCUUUUGACGAACCGCAUAAGAGUCCUUUCAGUGAUCUUUUACACCCAACGCACAGACAAAAAAUUGCAAGUGAACUGAACGCUGCUAUAUUGAAGAUGGAACACAGGGAAUCAACUAGCCCUCGGCUCAGUAAUUUGUUGAAGAUGAUACUGUGGGCUCAAGAUGAAUUGGAUAAGAAAAAAGUGAAAUAUAAUAAGAUGAUUGAUUUAGCUACUGCUAAAAUCACUCAUGAGAAGUAAUUUUGUGGUAGACAGAGACUGGGAAGAUAACUUCUCAGUUUUAUUUAUAAAUAAGAUAAAUAUCUGAAAUUGACUCUAAAA